AUGGCUAGGGGUAAUCAACGCGACCUUGCAAGGCAAAAGAAUCUGAAGAAGCAGCAAGAGCAGUCUAAGAACGCCAAAAAGGAAGGCGACCCCAAGAAACGAAUGGAAAGCGAUGCUGAGAUUUUACGUAAGAAGCAAGCCGCUGCGGAUGCCAGAAAGGCCGAACAAGAGCUCGAAAAAUUGAAGGCGGCCAAACGAUAA